GAGUUUAGCUAAACUAUGGACUUGAACCAAAUUUAAAACAUAGAACAAACAAUUAUUCCACCCCAAAAUAUCACUCUACACACCUGAAGCUAGGGAUUUACUUUUUCCAGUCCCCUCAAAACCAUGAAACUAGCGCCUCUUAACACCGUCGGGAACGCCCACGACGAUUCGGUUUGGACUGCGGCGUGGGUUCCGGCCACCGAGGACUCACCGCCGCUUCUCCUGACGGGAUCACUUGACGAGACUGUCCGUCUGUGGGACCCGGAAGGUCCCCAGAAGCUCCAGACUAACACCGGUCACUGCCUCGGCGUGGUCUCCGUGGCCGCCCACCCAUCUGGUAGAAUCGCCGCCUCUGCCUCGAUCGACAGCUUUAUUAGGGUUUUUGAUGUUGCCACAAAUAAUACUAUUGCAACCCUCGAGGCUCCCCCCUCUGAAGUCUGGAAACUGCAGUUCAAUCCCCAGGGUACGGUACUAGCAGCAGCUGGAGGUGGUAGUGCAUCAGUGAAGCUCUGGGAUACCGCUCAAUGGCAAUUAAUUGCAACACUAUCUGUACCCCGACUAGAAGGCUUGAAACCCUCUGAGAAAACUGGCAGCAAGAAGUUUGUUCUCUCAGUUGCAUGGAGCCCUGACGGUACACAAAUUGCUUGUGGUUCAAUGGAUGGAACCAUCUCUAUUUUUGACGUGACUCGUGCGAAAUUCCUACACCACUUGGAAGGCCACAGUAUGCCUGUUCGAUCUCUUGUGUAUUCAUCAGCACCUCUUGAUGCAAGGGUUCUCUUUUCUGCCUCAGAUGAUGGCCACGUCCAUGUCUAUGAUACGGAAGGUAAAACCCUGAUUUCGUCUUUGUCAGGCCACGCGAGCUGGGUUUUGAGUGUGGAUGUGUCCCCAGAUGGAAUGGCUAUUGCAACAGGUUCAAGUGACCGGAGUGUUAGGUUGUGGGAUCUUAAAAUGAGGGCAGCUACCCAGAUAUUGAGUGGCCACACAGACCAGGUCUGGUCAGUGGCAUUUGGACCUCCAUUAAAGACAGACGUUAGAUCUUGUUUGCUUGCUAGCGUGUCUGAUGACAAGAGCUUGUCGUUCUAUAAAUAUUCUUGAAAAUCGAAUCCCUUCUUUUGUUCUUUCGUCAAGGGUCUGGAGAACAGUUUAUUGAUUUAUGUACAUUGGCGGGUAGCAAAAUUGUUGUUGGUAACUGUUGUCUUUACAUGCUACCAUUUGUAAGUUAACCUCGGAAGUCUGUAGUUCGAUUUUUCUAUAUAAUCUCACCCUUGCAACAUAUACUUACUAAUUUAGUUUGGGUGUCGAUAUGUCAUAACAAAUCAGAGGUUGAUUUCAAGGA